CUGUGCUGCCCUUUGUCUCACUAUGGACCAGCCAUAUUUAUUGUUUUGCAUACUGUUGGAAGUCCUGGCUGUAAACUGUCAGAAAGUUGGAGAGGAACGUAUAGUGGGAGGAUAUGCACCGGUUCCACAUUCCAUCAAGUACAUUGUGUCGAUACAGACAUUGGAACGAAAGCACUUCUGUGGGGGUUUCUUGAUUAAUAAGCACUGGGUAGUCACAGCAGCACACUGUAACAUCGGGGUUAGAAAUAUGUUGAUUGUUGGAGGAGACUACUCUCUUUCUAUAUAUGAGGGCACUGAGCAAGAAAUCCUUCCCCACAUUUUGGUGCCACAUCCUUCAUACAACAAAUUCACAAACAACUGUGAUAUUAUGCUUAUUAAGCUGAGGGCUCCAUUCUAUCUGAACAGCUACGUCUCCAUCACUCUACUGCCCAGACAGGGCGACCCCAUUGCAGAGGGCAGACUGUGUCGUGUGUCGGGCUGGGGAUACACAAAUCCCAGCGGAGGCCCGAUCCCCUCCACCCUCCGAACUGUAAUGCUCCCCAUUGUUUCCACAGAAAAAUGUAACAGCAGUGAGUCAUUCAGUGGCAACAUUACAGAAAACAUGCUGUGUGCUGGUUACAGUCUUGGUGGAAAAGAUUCCUGUCAGGGGGACUCGGGGGGUCCACUUGUUUGCGAUGGCCGGGUCUAUGGUGUCGUGUCCUGGGGGAAAGGUUGUGCUGAUGCUCAGUUUCCUGGAGUCUACACUGCUGUGUCCAAGUUCCGCAGGUGGAUAGACAACACCAUAUUUAGCUACUACAGCAGAUGCAACAAGAAUUAGAGCCCAGUGCAACUUUUCACUGUUGCCUUAUGUGACCUAAGUUAGGCUUGUUUUGCCCUUCAUGCACAUUUGAG